AUGUGGAAGGAAAAAUCAUCGAAGAAACACAACAACGGACGAAAUGGAAGCAGAAAGAGUGCUGGGACCUCACAUUUCCACGCAGCAAAACUUGCCCACCCGUAUUAUCAUCGACGAUUUGCGUUCUGCCAGCAUUCUAUUACUCUAUUGGUAUUGGGCGUUGAGCGUGAACGCGCUCGUAGCCGUGAUCUACACUUCUGCAGCUAUCUAUACAUGGCAAGAAUGCUCAGAAUCGCUAGCAUCUGUGUUAACUCAGGCAACCGCGACGCUUCACCACGCUCUCCUGCCCAGUGCACGUGUUCUUCCUCUAGCGCCAGGAUAAACCUCGUUGCGCUCCUCCCUCAUAUCAUAAACACUGGAUUGGAUAAAAGAAGCAAGAAAAUGCAGAACAAAACAGGAAAUGCGAGUGUCCUACAGAAAUCUAGCAACAAACGCCAGGCAGGAGCUGAUCCUUGCACUCAGUUGUCAUUUGUCUCUAAUAUUACCUCUGUCUUUCUCCAUUAUGUUACUUAUUAG